AAACCCCUCUCUUCUUUCACUCCGACAACACUACCGAGCGAAAUUCUAGUGAGAGAGAGAGAGAGAGUGCGAAAUUCUAGAAAGAGAAAGUGCACGAACCCAGACCUGUAACAAUGGCGGCCUCUAGGUUUUUGUGAAGAUUUCAAUUUUUAUUUUUUAAUUUUUUUUUUAACAAUGGAGAUGCCUGGUAGACGAUCGAAUUACACUCUGUUGAGUCAGGUUCCGGACGACCACAACCACCAGCCGCCGGGCGGCGGAGCUGGUCCGUACUACGAGUCGUUGUCCGGGGAGAAGAACAAAGGAAAGGGAGGAGGAGAGAGAGGUUUUGAUUGGGACUUGAUUGAUCACCGCCGGAUCGGGGCGGCGUUUCAGGCUCCGAUCGCGUUGCAGAGACAGUCGAGUGGGAGUAGCUUUGGCGAGAGUUCUAUGUCUGGGGAGUUCUAUGUGCCUUCUGUUGCUGAUAGCCAUAGCCACUUGCAUGACGAUGUGUUCAAGGUUGGCGGUGGUGGCGAUUUCAGGUUCAAGGCGGCGGAGAUUGGCGGUGGGGGGUCUUCGUCGUCGAGGAGCUGGGCGCAGCAGACGGAGGAGAGUUACCAAUUGCAGCUGGCUUUGGCGCUUCGAUUGUCAUCCGAAGCUACUUGUGCUGAUGAUCCCAAUUUCUUGGAUCCAGUGCCAGAUGAAUCCGCAUCACUCUCAUUCGCUUCGUCUGAUUCGGUUGAGUCUGUGUCCCACCGAUUCUGGGUGAAUGGCUGCCUAUCAUACUCGGACAGAAUUCCCGAUGGGUUUUAUUUAAUUCAUGGGAUGGAUCCGUAUGUCUGGACUGUAUGCACUAAUCUGCAAGAGAAUGGCCGUAUUCCAUCAAUUGAAUUGCUAAAGGCUGCUGAUCCUAGAAUCGAUUCUUCAAUUCAAGUAAUUUUGAUUGAUCAGCAUAGUGAUCCUAGCUUAAAAGAACUACAGAACAGGAUUCAUCGGGUCUCCUGCAGUUGUGUCACUACAGAAGAAGUUGUUGACGAGCUUGCAAAGAUCAUCUGCAAUCGCAUGGGGGGUGCAGCUUCAACUGGAGAAGAUGACUUUCUUCCCGCCUGGAAGGAGUGCAGUGAUGAUCUUAAGGAAAGUUUACGAUCUACCGUGCUUCCAAUUGGUAGCCUUUCUGUUGGUCUUUGCAGACAUCGUGCUUUGCUAUUCAAAGUGCUGGCUGACACAAUUGAUUUACCAUGUCGAAUUGCCAAGGGCUGCAAAUAUUGUAAGAGAGAUGAUGCUGCCACUUGUCUUGUUCGCUUCGGCCCUGACAGAGAAUGUCUAGUUGAUUUAAUUGGGAAGCCAGGAUGUUUGUGUGAACCUGAUUCUUUGUUGAAUGGUCCAUCUUCCAUCUUGAUUUCUUCACCAUUGUGCUUCCCCCGAUUCAGACAAGUUGAACCUCCAAUUGAUUUCAGAUUAGUGGCCAAACAAUUUUUCUCAGACUUUGAAUCACUGAAUAUUGUAUUCGAUGACUCUUCCACAGGUACUGUUGAUGGGGAUACUGGAGACUCGACAUAUCCCAAGCAAUCUGAUAGGCAGUGCAUGGAUAGACACAAUCACGUGCCUAGUCCAAGCAACAGCAAUGAAAGCCAUGAUAGGGAUUUGCAGCUGCUUAAAUCAAGUAAUCCUCAUACUAUUAUAAGCUCAACAAACAUGGUCAAAGAUCCAGUCCCUCUAAAGCAUUUCCCGCCAAUUGGUCAUAGAGAAGUUCAACCACUUGUAGGCUUGUCUGAUCCAAGGGGAAAUGCAAAAGAUUUGAGGUUUGUUGAGGGAGGUCAAAUGGUUCCAAGGCAACCAAGUAAAAAACUAUCCCUUGAUGUGGAAGAUUUGGACAUUCCAUGGAGUGACCUCGUUCUGAAAGAGAGAAUUGGAUCAGGUUCUUUUGGUACUGUCCAUCGUGCUGAUUGGCAUGGCUCGGAUGUGGCUGUGAAGAUUCUUGUGGAUCAAGACUUUCAUCCAGAGCGAAUCAAUGAAUUUGUAAGGGAGCUCGCAAUUAUGAAAUGCCUGCGGCACCCAAAUAUUGUUCUUUUCAUGGGUGCUGUUACUCAGCCCCCAAACUUGUCCAUAGUAACAGAAUAUCUAUCAAGAGGCAGUUUAUAUAGGCUUUUGCAUAAACCUGGUGCAAAAGAAGUAUUGGAUGAGAGGCGUAGGUUGAGUAUGGCUUAUGACGUGGCAAAGGGAAUGAAUUAUCUUCAUAACCGCAAUCCUCCCAUUGUUCAUCGAGAUUUGAAGUCUCCAAAUCUUUUGGUUGACAAAAAAUAUACAGUGAAGGUCUGUGAUUUCGGUCUUUCCCGCUUAAAAGCAAAAACAUUCCUUUCAUCAAAGUCAGCGGCAGGAACUCCUGAAUGGAUGGCACCAGAAGUUCUCCGUGAUGAACCAUCAAAUGAAAAGUCAGAUGUGUAUAGCUUUGGCGUGAUAUUGUGGGAACUUGCUACGCUGCAACAACCUUGGAGUAAUUUAAAUCCAGCACAGGUUGUAGCAGCGGUUGGAUUUAAGUACAAGAGGCUUGAGAUUCCAAGCGAUUUAAAUCCUCAAGUAGCUUCAAUAAUUGAAGCUUGUUGGGCCAAUGAGCCCGUGAAACGGCCUUCCUUUUCCAGUAUCAUGGAAACCUUAAGGCUGUUGAUUAAAUCUCCGUCACCUCAACCAAUUCAUGCAGACAUGCAAUUACUUACAUGAAGCUGUACAAGAUGUGGGAAUUUUAGUUAUGCACAUAUAUAUCAUUCUUUGGCGAUCCGAUUUUUGGCGAGACAUGCUGUUCGUAUAAUCUCAGGACCUUUUUUUUUGUACAUAUAGUUCUGUUCGCAUUCCUUUGAGAAUAUUGAUUUUUAUGCAAGCCAGGAAGCUGCUGCUGUUGUUCUUUGAGGAGAUCGUUUUCCGCAUUUCCAUAUAUAUAUAUAUAUAUAUAUGUAUGUAUCCUUUUCUGAGAAAGAUUAUUGCUUCCUCAAGUGAUUUUGUGAUUCAAAUGCCGGCAUGUCAUGUGCAAUCUGUCUGCACAUAAUUUUGUAUGUAUGCAUUAGUAUUGUAACUGAGAUCAGCUAAGAAGAGUCGAACUUACUGGCAUUGCACAUUGCUUGAGUGGAUGUGUCAUAGCUAUUACCAUUGUAUACACAUUUGAAAGGUUAUCAAUUGGCUCAAAUUUCUCUCUGCA